GGGGUGGGAUUUGUUAUCAAGCUUGUGUGUCGUGUGUAAGACCUUCAGUACUGUACGAGUCGCACCAUGGAGAGAGCCACGAUCCCAUUAACUCUCUUAAGUGUCUUAGCUAUCUGUGUCAUUUCUGCCCCAACCAAGAAGUCACGGGAUGACAUCUACAGCUUCCACAUCAAUUCUACAGUAAACAGCCGCUAUGCCGUCACGACCAUCACGAGCCGUGUGGCGAACCGCCUCGAUGAGCCCAAAGAGGUUCAUUUCGAGGUCAAGAUACCAAAAAAUGCUUUCAUCACCAAAUUCAGGAUGACCAUAGAAGGAAAGACAUACGAUGGAGUUGUGAAGAAGAAAGAAGAGGCAGAGCAGCAGUACAGUGCGGCAGUAUCCCGAGGAGAAAGUGCCGGGAUCGUCGGCUCGGUAGGACGGACGCUGGAGGAGUUUAAAACCUCGGUGACGGUGGCGGCUCUCAGUAAGGUGACCUUUGAAGUCACCUACGAAGAGCUGCUAAAGCGACGGCUUGGCAAAUACAAGUUACAAACAGAUGGACAGACAGACAGACAGAUGGACAGACAGAAGAUUGAUGUGUAUAUUAAUGAGGAUCCAGGUAUUUCCUUCCUGGAGGUAAACGGAGGGCUGAAAUCUCAGGAGCUGUUCAAUGCUGUAAUCAGUACUCUAGCCAGCUCUACCAAAGAGGCAUGGGUGAACUUUUACCCCACUCGCGAGCAGCAGACCAAGUGCUGUGGAGAAAAUGGACUAAAUGGAGACCUGAUCAUUGAGUACGACGUGAAGAGACCGAAUUCAAAUGGACAACUGAGGGCAUCGAGCGGAUAUUUCGUCCACUACUUCGCACCCACAGAUAUUCAGCAAAUCCCAAAAAAUGUGGUUUUUAUUAUUGACCGAAGCGGCUCUAUGCACGGCAGAAAGAUGGACCAGACUCGUGUGGCGAUGUUGAAGAUUUUGGGAGAUCUUGGUCAGGAUGAUUACUUUGGCCUGAUCACCUUUGACUCUACAAUAAGGGACUGGAAAACUGAACUUCUCCAAGCCACAGACAGGAAUGUUAAGCAAGCGAAGGACUUUGUGAAGACCAUUAGAGAUGGAGGAGCCACGGACAUCAACGCCGCAGUGCUGAAGGGGGUGGAAAUGAUCAGGAACCCCAGAGAGGGUUCUGCCUCCAUCCUCAUCCUGCUCACUGAUGGAGACCCCACAUCAGGUGAAACAAACACAGAAAGAAUUCAGGCCAAUGUCAAAAAUGCCAUUGAUGGUAAAUUUCCACUUUACUGUCUGGGGUUUGGAUUUGACGUGAACUUUGACUUCUUGGAGAAAAUGGCGCUGGAAAAUGACGGAGUCGCACGCAGGAUCUAUGAGGACUCGGAUGCUGACCUCCAGCUGCAGGGUUUCUAUGAGGAAGUGGCCACGCCACUCUUAACUGAUGUCCAACUGAAAUACCCCGGAGCUGCAAAUCUCACCCAGACCAGCUUCAGGCAGUAUUAUAACGGCUCAGAGAUCGUGGUGGCUGGACAAAUCACAGACAACAGCCUGGAAUCUUUACAAACCGAAGUCAUCGCAAUCUCAAAAAAUACAAAUGUCACGUACCAGGACUCCACAUCGUCAAAAGACCUCAUUGAUGUUUUACCACAACAUGAAAACUUCAUCCAGAGACUGUGGGCUCAUCUUACAGUCAAACAGCUCCUGGAAAAAGAAGUGGCCCUCACAGGACAGGAGAAAGAAGCAGCCAAGAAAAAAGCUCUGGAUCUUUCUCUGAAAUAUGAAUUUGUGACUCCGCUCACCUCCAUGGUGGUCACUAAGCCACAGGAAGAGGAGACGCAAGUCGCCCACAAACCCAAGGAAGGGGGUCCACAAGGAUUCCCAGAUCUACACUCAGGACAACAAGGACAAGCAUUACCAGGACAAACAGUAGAUAUAAUUUCAAGCCAGAUCUAUGACUAUUACAGACCACUAUUAGACUAUGACAGCAUAGUCAUAUUAGAACAUCCCAUGCCAACAAUCACGAGCCAAACUAAACCUCCGCCCACUACUACCCCUGCAGUGAGUGUUGUGAGGUUCUUACUUUCUGCUCAGCCUAAACAGAUCUGCUACGACACGCCUGUAGGACACAAACUCAGACUCUUUCUGGACGGCUCAUCAGAUAUCUCUAUAAAUGGGCAACUCUCAGAAAAAGGCUUUACGCUAGUUGCUAUUCAUUAUAAAACAGCAAAGCUUCUUGUGAGUCCUAAUGAAAGUGUCUACUCUGAAGGAGAGAACAGUGUGAAGUUCGUUUGGGGGCAGCCAGAGCCCAGCAGUCAUGAGUCACAGAACAUGGCAAUAUUUCAAAGGACCAACGAAUUAGACAUCACCAUGGGAACUGUGCGCGUCGUUGUCCUCAUUCAUAAGAACAGUGGAGAUGUUUUUCUGUGGCCUGUUGUUCAUAAACAAGGAAAAGAUUCUAACUUUAGAGGCAUUCUGGGAAAAAACGAUCUUCAGUAUGAAGAGCUCCAAGGAUCAAAGCUGAAAAUCAAUGACCAGGAAGUUGAUGCAACGCUGAGCUCUGCCAAAGACUACAGAUUUGCUGCUGCCCCUAGUGUGGAAUGUUGGCUUGUACCAUUCCAGUCUGCCCUCCAGGGGGAGCUCUCUGACUUCACUGUCUCACAGCUGUAGCAACUCCAUCUGAAAUCUGGGAAUCUUAUUUUCAGCUGAAUGCUGGUUUACUGCUAAAUACAAUGAAUUUAGCCUAAAACAAAUCAUCUGUCAGAGUACAGAAAAUAAUUAUUAUUGUUAGAUAAGAUGAGAGAUAAGAUGCCCAAAAUACUGACCCCAGUGUAGUUCAUUCCAAAGACCUGUUUAAUUUAGAUGGAGGAAACUAAAAAUAGAUGAAAUAGCCUUGUAGCUAUUAUACUUGUAUUCUUAGUCAGACUUCAGCAAAACUCUCUGAAAAACAGACACAAACAUUCUUUAUUAAAAAUAGAAAAUGAAUUACUGUGUA